CAUCGAUCAUCAUCGGAAAAGGACACCUCUUUGUCUGACUUCGUCCGGACGGGAGCUGGUACUUUUUGGAUUUACUUCAGGGAUUCUUGUCAAUUUGUUAAAUCUCUGGCUUGUUUGUUUUCUCUUUCUGUUUACCUUUGAUUUCUUUCCUUCCAACAAACUCCGACAAUAUGCACUCCUCCCUCAACCGCGCGCAGGCCGUCUUCAGCUUCUUCACCACCGUAGCUAUAUUCAUUGCCGGGUUCACUGCGCUAUCAGUCCUGUUGUAUCCUACCGAUGAUGCAAAAGCCAGUGUUCAAGUGAAAGAUGUGCGGGUAAUCAAAGGAAGACCGCAUUACUACUCGAUGAAAAAGGAAGAAUACGCACACAUAAAAUUCGAUCUGGAUGCAGACCUCUCCCCCCUCUUCAAUUGGAACACAAAACAACUCUUCGUCUUCGUUCUAGCCUCCUAUUCCUCUUCCGACAACGAGAAAGAUAAUGCACAAACCUCCCAAUCCAUAAUCUGGGACACCAUCAUCCCAGCCCCGGAAUCCCCCUAUUCCUUCAACUCACUCCGUGAACGGUUUCUGCCAUCAACGUCUACGUCUACGUCUUCAUCCCGGCGAUCGACACUAAAGCAGAAGAGCGCGACGACGGCGGCAAAGAGCGCCAACAUCAAGAAGGAUACACGCGGCGCACGCCCCGGGGUCCUCCGUCUGAGGAACCAGAGACCCAAGUAUCAGAUUAGCGAUAUCACGGGCCGCAUGUCGGAGAAGAGGAACGUGACGCUGUCUGUGGGGUGGAACGUGCAGCCUUGGGUUGGGGGGUUAUGGUGGGGUCCUGCGUCUGGUUCUGUGCCUCACACGGCUGGGUUGGUGGAGGAGAGUAAGAGGUUUGAUUUUCCUGCUUUGAAGGAGAGAGGGAGUCAGAGUCAGAAUCAGAAUCAGAGGUCGUCUGUUGCUUGAUUUAGGUGCGGAAUGUACAUGUCAAUUUGUUUAUCUGAUUGAUACUUUUUUAAUGUCCGGUAAAAUUGAUAGAGUUGGGCAUAGG